UCUGUGCGGCUCUUUCUAAUCAUUGUCUCGUCAGCAGCAUCAUGCCUGAACCAGCGAAGUCCGCGCCUAAGAAGGGCUCCAAGAAGGCCGUCACAAAGACCGCGGGGAAGGGAGGAAAGAAGCGCAGAAAGACCAGGAAGGAGAGCUACGCUAUCUACAUCUACAAGGUGAUGAAGCAGGUUCAUCCCGACACCGGGAUCUCUUCCAAGGCGAUGGGGAUCAUGAACUCUUUCGUCAACGACAUCUUCGAGCGCAUCGCCGGUGAAGCGUCUCGUCUCGCUCACUACAACAAGCGCUCCACCAUCACUUCCAGAGAGAUCCAGACCGCCGUGCGUCUGCUGCUGCCCGGGGAGCUGGCCAAACACGCCGUGUCUGAGGGCACCAAGGCCGUCACCAAGUACACCAGCUCCAAGUAGAGCAGCCUGAGGCUGUUAAACACCCCCAAAGGCUCUUUUAAGAGCCAC